AUGGAUGCUACCACCCUUACCGACCAGCUUGAGGCUGUCCUUGCAAAGCCAGAGACCCUCUCUGGCCUUGACAAUGAUGUGACAAAGCGAAGACUUUCCGAGGCUGCCUUCCGCCUCAACUUGGCUCUUGAGGCCGGUGGUGAUACAAUCCACAGACUCACCAAUGCGCCCCUAGAGCUAGCUCUCUCUCGCGUUGGUGUCCAAACCGGACUAUGGACUGCCCUUACCAAGGAGAAUGCCCUUCUGCCAUUAACCAAUUCUCAACUUGCGAAAGAGACCAAGAUUGAUCCUGCUCUUCUCAAGCGUCUGCUUCGUUACUACCAGUCAAAGGGCAUGGUCGCUCAGACUGGUGAGGAUGCCUUUGCGCCCAACAACAUCACAAAGGCUUUGGCUAGCGUCGGCGGCUCUUCUGGUAUCAACUACUUUGCCGAGAUGAUCUAUCCCGCACUCAUGGGAAUCCCCGAGUACCUGCGUAAGACCGAGCAUGCCAACCCAAGCAACCCAGAUUUCUGCCCCUGGCAUGUUGGCCACAAGACGGAAGAGUCCCCCUUUUCUUGGCUCAACACCCACCCCGAGUGUAUGGGGUACUUCCUCCCCUGGAUGGCUGGCCAGAGAGAGGGAAACCCUGAGUUCCUCGACUCCUUUGACUUCGAGAAGGAGGUCGGCGCUGGAAGCGACAGCUCUGCGCCCGUCUUUGUUGAUGUUGGCGGUGCCAUCGGCCACCAGUGCAUUUUGUUCAAGUCCCGAUACCCUCAGUACAGCGGACGAAUUGUCCUGCAAGAACAGGCCCAUGUUAUCGAGCAGGUCAAGGCCGCACCGCCCCCUGGCAUGGACGGCAUUGACGCCCAGACUUAUGACUUCUGGGGACCACAACAGCUGAAAGGGGCCCGGGCUUAUUACCUGCGCAAUGUUCUGCAUGACUUCCCUCCUCACAAGGCCAAGGAGAUCCUCACAAACAUCAAGGCUGGCAUGACAGAGCAGUCCGUAAUUCUCAUUGACGAGAUGGUACUUCCCGAGAUUGCUACACCAUGGCGUGCGGCUUCGCUCGACAUGGACAUGCUUGCGUGUCUUGCUGGUGUUGAGCGCUCCGCCAAGGAAUGGGGCGAGAUUUUCGAAGCUGUUGGGCUGGAGCUGGUCAGGACUGUUCAGUACACCGUUCAGUGCAAUGACUGCAUUAUGGUUCUGAAGCAGAAGUAA